AGGAGGACGACUGAGAAAACAGCGAAUUUGCCUCCUCACUUUCUCUUCAGGAAGGCGGGCGGAGCCGAAAACCAAAUAAACGUCUUCUGAGCGACUGGGGGCGGGACAGACCGGAGCCGACCGAGCCUCCAGCGCCGACUCUCGCCGAAUUGGUUUUUCGGUUGUUGGUCACUGUGGCAGAGCCGUCUGCGGUCGGGCUGAGACGUGGGGAGCAAUGGCGACCUUUGUGAGCGAGCUGGAGGCGGCCAAGAAGAACCUGAGCGAGGCCCUGGGGGACAACGUGAAACAAUACUGGGCUAACUUAAAGUUGUGGUUCAAGCAGAAGAUCAGCAAAGAAGAGUUUGACCUUGAAGCUCAUAGACUUCUCACACAGGAUAAUGUCCAUUCUCACAACGAUUUCCUCCUGGCUAUUCUUACGCGUUGUCAGAUUUUGGUGUCUACACCAGAGGGUGCUGGAUCUUUGCCCUGGACGGGGGGUUCUGCAGCUAAACCUGGAAAACCAAAGGGGAAGAAAAAGCUUUCUUCUGUUCGUCAGAAAUUUGAUCAUAGAUUCCAGCCUCAAAAUCCCCUCUCGGGAGCCCAGCAGUUUGUGGCAAAGGAUCCCCAAGAUGAUGAUGACUUGAAACUUUGUUCCCACACAAUGAUGCUUCCCACUCGGGGUCAGCUUGAAGGGAGGAUGAUAGUGACUGCUUACGAGCACGGGUUGGACAACGUCACCGAGGAGGCGGUCUCAGCGGUUGUCUAUGCGGUGGAGGUUGGUUUGCUGGUGGCAGAAACAAUCUUACAGAAUCACCUUAAAGAUAUAUUGACAUCAGUUGUGUCAAGAAGGAAAGCUUAUCGGUUACGUGAUGGUCAUUUUAAAUAUGCCUUUGGUAGUAAUGUAACCCCACAGCCAUACCUGAAGAAUAGUGUAGUAGCUUACAACAACUUAAUAGAAAGUUGCUCAGUUGUCUCCUUCCUAGUUCCUGGCUUUGUUUUCAGUCCUCCAGCCUUUUCUGCUCCGUGUGCUGGUCUGAACCCAGCUUCUCACCCGCCCCCGGACGACGCGGAGCAGCAAGCCGCACUCCUGCUGGCCUGCUCGGGGGACACUCUCCCCGCAUCGGUGCCUCCAGUCAACAUGUACGACCUGUUCGAAGCUUUGCAGGUACACAGGGAAGUCAUUCCUACACAUACUGUAUAUGCUCUCAACAUUGAAAGGAUCAUCAUGAAACUGUGGCAUCCCAAUCAUGAAGAACUGCAGCAAGACAAAGUCCACCGCCAGCGCCUGGCGGCCAAGGAAGGCCUGUUGCUCUGCUAAAUUAGGGUGAUUUGAGGGUAUGGGACCCUCAGCAAAUUCAUUGGUUAUUGAGAAUUGAAUGUUUUUUGGGCCCGCAUUUCAAGACUGAAGUGUAUAGUGUAAAUAUAAAUUUUCCUAUGGAAAUGUGACACUGAGUACAUUUUGUGUUGCUACUGUGAAGCCAUUAAUAGAAAUCUGACUUUGAUAAUGACCCAUAUCUCUGUAUGUAUAUAUGUGUUCCCAGUUACGGGAGUAAGCACUGAUAAAAUUCUGUGCCCGGAAUAGAGAUGUUUUUAGGCAUCUGAGGCUUAGUAUCCUGUGGUCUGCAUGUGAGGUAGAUGACCUCCUAGAACAAAGAAGCUGUUAUAACUUAGUCUCCAUGAUCAGCAGGACAUCUGUGUGUUCAGUGACAGCAUAUAUUCUGUAUCCAGCAAGCCUAAAAUUUCUGCCUUUCUUCUAAAUAACUGUGCUCUUGCAUUUUGGCUAAAAUAAUCCACACAGUGUUAAAAAUCAUAUACCUCCUUUAGUGACCAGUUUAAUUCUUAACAGAUAGAGGUAUCUCCCCCAAAGUUCAUUACAACUCCAUAGAGAAUAGGACCUGGAAAUGCUGUGCUGUUAGACAAAAUAAAGUCCUUUCUUUGCAUUAAAAACCAAAAUAAAAACCCUGGAAUGUAAUUAAUUAACCUUACAAAGUUUUUUUCUCAUAACUUAAGUUUCUUUUAUAGUUAAUAUGCCCAAAGACUUUGAUUGGCAAGUUCAUAUGUUGAUUAUUCCUAUAGAACAUGUUUUAAAAAGCCCAUGUAGACAUACUGGAUUUAUACUUAGAAAUUCCCCAAUUCCUAUGCAAUAUCUGUUUCUCUCCUUUAUCAGAUGAUAAAGUGAAAAUAAUUUACAUUUGGCAGUGUUACUAAUAACAAAGUUUGUUUUUUUAGAGGUGAUGCUUUUUACUCAAAAGAUAGUAUUGGUGGUUAUAUUAGAAUGUACAGAUGGGUUGUGUAGGUCUAAGUGGUUUAUGUAUAUAUAUGUAUACAUGGCUCAGUAUUUGGGUCUGUGUAUUUGAUUUUGUACUUUAAAUGUGACAAAUAAACCUUUUGGGAGAAAA